AUGAAAUUCCUAUGUUUGCCCGGAGGCUACUCCAACUCGAAGGCGCUAGCGACACAGCUGGGCCCGUUUUGUGAUGCUCUCAAAUCAAAUGGAGACGCCAACUUCUUUUUUACUCAGGGGACAACUCCAGUCAAUCCUCCUCCUGAAUUUCAAGGCUUUUUCGGACCACCACCGAAUUUUACGUUUACGACCGUCGACUUCCCAGAGCUGGUGAAGUUCAAUAUGCGCGAUUUCCCAAGGCGCGAAACGCCCGAAGCAACAAUGAAAUAUGCAGUCGAAAAGGCCGGUAAUCCAAGCUUCUCUAUGAUCCGGGCUGCUAUGAGUCGCCUAAUCGACAUGGUGGACAACGAUGAUGAGAUUGAAGGGGUCAUUGGCUACUCUGAGGGUGCUGAAAUUGCGGCGUCGCUCAUCCUGGAGGAGGAGCGGUUGAGCCAGGAAUUUGGGCGCAUUCCUCGACUCAAAUGCGCGGUUUUUAUCUGCGGCUGGCCUCCUAAGGAUCCGGUCACUGGCUGUAUUGUUUUGGCGGAUGAAAAUGAUGGCGAAGUGAUUAAGAUUCCUACAUGUCAUGUUGUGGGUGCAGCGGAUCCGUUCCUUGAUGGAUCGAUGGCGCUCUACAAUAUCUGUGAUCCGGAUACCGCUGAUCUGUUUGAUCAUGGUGGUGGCCACGUUAUUCCUCGGACUAAGGAGACUCUGACGGAUCUCAGUGGGGUCAUCCGAGAUAUGAUUGUCUCCGUGGCAUAG